AUGGCGAAGCCAAGAUGGAUAGAGUUAUUCCUGAAUGUUUCCCUGACAAACCUCUUGGCAUCUCAUUCUGAUCAUAGCCCUAUUCUGCUAUCGUGCGACUUACCACAACGUAGUAAUUAUAGGAGGAAAUUCCGCUUUGAAAACAGUUGGCUUCAAGAACUGGAUGUUGACGAAGUUGUUCAUGCGGGUUGGUUACAAGGUGAGAAUAUUGAAGUGGAGGGUAGGCUCUCUAACUGUGCAGAUAAUCUGGAGGUUUGGAUUAGAAACAUGAGAAGGAAUAUGAAGGAUGAGAUAAAUCGUCAUCGAGUAAUAAUGGAGAUGUUUAGAGGUGGGAAUGACCAAUAA